GGGAUUUAGGAAAAGUGGUUGUGUGGCCAUCUGGUUGUGGUGCAGGAGAUGGAGAGCAGUGCGGCAAAGUUUGAGCCUCCGGUCCCACUCGUGCACGCCUUCACCGUGAAUUCACUCGGCCCUGUACUCACCAUCUUCUUCAUCACUGUUGCUUCUGAGAACUGACACGCCAUGGGUGCGUACAAGUAUAUCCAGGAGUUGUACCGGAAAAAGCAGAGCGAUGUUAUGCGCUACCUGCUUCGUAUUCGUUGUUGGCAAUAUCGUCAACUUAACAAAUUGGUUCGAUGCCCCCACUCAUCGCGACCGGACAAGGCCAGGAGAUUGGGUUAUCGGGCUAAGCAAGGUUUCGUAAUUUAUCGGAUUCGUAUCCGCCGAGGUGGUCGUAAACGUCCAGUUCCAAAGGGAGCCACCUACGGUAAACCAGCCGGUCACGGGAUUAACCAACUCAAGCCCGUUCGAAACAUUCAAGCAAUUGCUGAGUCUCGAGCUGGAAAGAGAUUGGGUGGUAUGAGAGUAUUGAACUCGUACUGGGUGGCUCAGGAUUCAUCUUACAAAUAUUAUGAAGUAAUUUUUGUGGACAUUGCCCACAAGGCAAUCCGAAGAGACCCCAAGAUCAACUGGAUUUGUAAUUCUGUUCACAAACAUCGUGAACAGAGAGGAAAGACUUCUGCUAACCGAAAAUCCCGUGGUCUUGGCAAAGGACACAGAUACUCCCAAACUGUUGGGGGAAGUCGUCGUGCUGCAUGGCGCCGCCGUAACACCUUGGAACUCCGCAGAAAGCGUUAAUUUUCUAAUUUGUAUUGUACUUUUAAAUCGGAUGUCAAUACAAUAAUAUUUGUUACGAAACUA